GACAGAACGCGACCGGAGGAGGCCGACAAGCUGAGAAAGAAACACGUCAGUACUUCGAAUCGGUGACCAAGCUGGCUGCGAGGAGACGAUCUCAGACAGUGCUUCUUUUCGGAAUCUGUUUGCCGUGUCUCCACUAGUACCCAUAGUUAUCCAUGGGGAAUCGGUAAAUCCGAUUGCAUCAGCGUAUUUUGCGGAUCAUCGGUUGCGUUUGAGCAUCAAAACAGCAAACGGAAAGAAGCAGAGUUUCACGACGACGUGUCGCCUCGGUGCGCGAGUUUUGGGUGUGGGGAAAAGCCCAAAAGUGAAAGUGGUGCAAUUUCUGUUAAGUUGAAUAGUUUUUAGUGCUUCUUAUAGGUUCUGCUCGGACUCCGAGAAUCAGCGAUGAAACGGCAUAAUUGGUUUGGUGGAGGAAGCGCUGCCUGUCUGCUGCUAGCCGCGGUGGUGGUAUUUGCUGCAUUGCUAACCCCCAGCGAUGGAGCAGCCGUCAUGUCGGUGGAUUUGGGUAGCGAGUGGAUGAAGAUUGGCGUCGUGUCACCGGGUGUUCCUAUGGAGAUUGCCCUGAAUAAGGAGUCGAAACGGAAAACCCCGACAACGAUUGCGUUCCGAAAUGGAGACCGCCUAAUCGGAGAAGAUGCCCAAACGCUGGGAGUUCGGUUUCCGGCCAACAACUUUGGCUAUCUGGUCGAUUUACUUGGAAAAACGAUCGACAAUCCGAUGGUGGACCUUUACAGAAAACGUUUCCCAUACUAUGACAUCGUUGAAGACCCGACGCGCAAAACAGUCGUGUUCCGAAACGGUGACGAGCAGUACACCAUCGAAGAGCUGAUUGCCCAACUGCUCCAGGUGGCCAAGGGAUACGCCGAAGAGUCCACCGGUCAGUCCAUCACCGAGUGCGUCCUUGUCGUGCCCGGAUUCUUUGGUCAAGCCGAACGUCAAGCGCUGGUUUCCGCAGCCCGGCUGGCAAAUCUGAAGGUGCUGCAGCUGAUCAAUGACUACACGGCCGUUGGGCUGAACUAUGGAAUUUUCCGGCGGAAGGAAUUCAACGAAACGGCCCAGUACUUUGUGUUCUACGAUAUGGGAGCGUACAAGACGACCGCUUCGGUGAUUAGCUAUCAGUUGGUCAAGGACAAGGCCACCAAGGAAAUUCUGCCAGUGGUGCAGGUAUUGGGAGUCGGUUACGAUCGCACUCUCGGCGGAUUGGAAAUGCAGGUUCGAUUGAGGGACUACCUGGGUCAGCAGUUCAACAAGAUGGGCAAGACUAAAACGGACGUCUUUACGAACCCCAGAGCGAUGGCCAAGCUGUUCAAGGAAGCCGGACGGUUGAAGAACGUGCUGAGCGCCAAUACGGAACAUUAUGCUCAGAUUGAGGGUCUGCUGGACGAACAGGACUUCCGGCUGUUGGUGACUCGGGACCAGUUCGAGGAGCUGUGCAAGGAUUUAUUUGCUCGGAUUACCGCUCCGAUUGAUCGCGCUCUGUCACUUUCCGGUUUGACUUUGGACAUUGUUAAUCAGGUUGUGCUUUUCGGAGGAAAUACGCGAGUCCCUAAGGUUCAAGAGAUCUUGAAGGCUCACAUCAAGCAGGAACUGGCCAAGAACUUGAAUGCUGAUGAGGCCGCUUGCAUGGGUGCAGUCUACAGGGCUGCGGACUUGGCCACCGGUUUCAAGGUGAAGAAGUUCGUCGUCAAGGACGCUGUCCUGUACCCGAUUCAGGUCGUGUUCGGCCGCGAAGGUGAAAGCGGCAAUACUCGGUUCGUUCGAAGGACGCUGUUUGGCGCAAUGAAUUCCUACCCACAGAAGAAGGUUAUCACGUUCAACAAGCACACAGACGAUUUCGAAUUCACAGUGGAUUACGCUGAUCUUGAAUCGGUCCUUAGCAAGGACGAAAUCGCUAAUCUGGGCUCGUUGAAUCUAACCAAGGUGAGCCUUACUGAAGUGGCCAAAAAGCUGAACGCCAACAAAGCCGACAAUGUCGAGUCCAAAGGAAUCAAGGCUCACUUCGUCCUAGAUGAUUCCGGUUUGUUUUCGUUGGCCAACGUUGAACUGGUUUUGGAGAAAACCGUCAAGGAAGAUGACGAAAGUACAUUACAAAAGCUAGGCAACACUAUAAGCAAGCUCUUCUCCGGAGAUUCCGGCGAAGACAAGCCCACAUCCACAGAGGAACCUUCCAAAGAAGAUUCCUCCAAGGAAGAACAGAAAGAGGAUGAUAAGAAAUCUGACGAAGACAAAUCGAACAACGGCACCAAUGCCGAGAACUCCACCGUAUCGGGAGAUGGCGAAGGAGCCAAGAACAAGACUGAAAAACCGAAGAUCGUGACAAUCAAAGAGGAGAUUCCGUCCCGCGUCGAAGUGCUUUACCUUUCACCUCUGGAUGGACCGCAGUACGAGGCUUCGCUCAGCAAAAUCAAGGCCCUCAACGACGUAGAAGAAUCUAAGAAACGCCGCGAAACCGCCUUGAACGCCCUGGAAAGCUUUGUCAUCGAUGCCCAGGUGAAGCUGGACGAGGAGGAAUAUUCGUCGUGUGCCACUCAAGAGGAAGCCGACGCCAUCAGGAAGCACUGUUCGGAAAUUUCCGAGUGGCUCUACGAAGACGGAUCGGACGCCGAUGCCGAAACGUACGAGAAAAAGCUCGAUGAGCUGCGCACGGUGGCAAAUGAGGUUUACGCGCGACACUGGGAACAUAAGGAACGUCCGGAAGCAUUGAGUGCCUUGAAGAAGAUGAUUGAAGGUGCCGACGGAUUCCUAGAUAAGGCACGGAAUUUCACCAAGGAAGGAAACCCGGAAAAGGACGUAUUUACCCAGGUGGAAAUCGACACCCUGGAGCGAGUUAUCAAAGAAACGAUCGAGUGGGAAAAGGUCGAAGUGCAGGAACAGAAAAAGAUCGCUCGCAACGAACCCGUCCGGCUGACGGUCAAGGACAUCACCGACAAGAUGGCCCUGUUGGACCGGGAAGUCAAGUAUUUAGUGAACAAAUUGAAACUCUGGCGACCAAAGGUAAAGCCAACCCCUCCACCCAAGGUGGAAAAGAACACGAGCAAGGAAGAAGCCGAGCAGAAUACCGAGGAAGUUGUGGCCGAGGAAGAACAGGUGAUUGAAGAAACGCCAAACCAAAGCAAAGGAGAAGCGACACCCAGUAGUGAGGAUGGAGAAGAAAUCAAACCCAGUAAAACGGAAGAGCCUAGUGACGAAGACCAGCACACCGAGCUGUAAGAGAUGAGGCUACUUCGAGCAAAUAGGCUAGCACAAAUUCAUCCAUCCACUCUACACCACGAUUUCCUCGAUCCCGUUCAGUAAGUUAUUUAUUUUACUUGAAUCCUGUUUCAUAGCAUCCCUUCCUUACCUACUUUGCCGUGCUCCCGUCCCGCUUGUUCUUUCGGUACCACUCUCAGAUAUUUUGAGAACCGAGUACAAUGCAUUUGAAUUUCCUUGGGUUGAUUUGAACAUUGACCAUCCUGAUCAUAUUUCGUGAUACGACCACGUCGGAGUUACAUGCAUUCAAAUCUGUGCGAAAAAAAGCGGCCGCUUGGCGACAAACGACGAAUGGCUUCAAAACCAGCAGUUUUACGCUGAAAUCCAAGCUGAUAAGACAAUUUAAUAGGCUGAUAAUAGAGGUAAGCUAAAAUAAUUGAAGAAAAACCCCUGCCCGAUGAGGGCCCGUGUAUUGAAGAUUGUUGAACCACAUUGUGACACGACAGAACAUUGACUUAACAAAGGGAUGUGCGAUUCCUCUGGAAACGAUCGUU